AUGUUUUUUAUAAAUUUUAAGAAAAUAAAAAAGAAACAGUUUCCCUUAUAUUUAACUCAACAUAGAAUUAUAACAGUGUUUCUUAUUUUUAUUUAUUUUAUAAACUUAAAAGAUUGUUUCCAUAUAAAUAAUUCACGUAUUUUAAAUGAUGUAGACAAAUAUAGAGAAUCAUAUUAUAAGAUACCCCAAUGUAACUUAUGUAAUAAGUGUUCGAUAUGUACCCACGAAAAAGGAGAGGCACAGAAUGUUAUUCCUAUGGUUGCUAUACCCAGCAAGAGAAAAUAUAUUCAAAAUAUAAAUAAGGAAAGGAAGGAAAAGAAAUAUCCUUUAAAUACAUUUGAAGAAAAAAACAUUUAUAAUAAUAAUGAUAGUGUUGUUAAGAAAGAAGAUAUAUAUAAAUUAAGAAAAAAAAGAAAAAAGAAAAAAAAUUAUUUAAAUUUUCUUGAAAAGGAUACAGGGUUUUUAUCAUCUUCACAUGAUAAAGAAACAUUUCAUAUAAAUCAUAAGAAUAAAAUUAUAGAUGAAAAAUAUAAAGAAGAAUAUGAAGAAGAGGAAGAAAUAUAUGAUAAUACAAAUAUACCACAAGAAAAAAAAGAAACAAACAAUGAACAGAAUCUAAAUAGUAAUUUGAUAAACAAUGAUAAAGUGACAUUACCCUUACAACAACUGGAAGAUAGUCAAUAUGUUGGCUACAUUCAAAUAGGAACUCCUCCACAAACCAUAAGGCCCAUAUUUGAUACAGGCAGCACAAAUAUAUGGGUUGUAAGCACAAAGUGCAAAGAUGAAACAUGCUUAAAAGUACAUAGAUACAAUCACAAAUUGUCUAGCAGUUUUAAAUAUUACGAACCUCACACAAACCUAGAUAUUAUGUUUGGCACGGGAGUAAUACAAGGAGUUAUAGGAGUGGAGACAUUUAAAAUUGGUCCGUUUGAAAUAAAAAAUCAAUCUUUUGGAUUAGUAAAAAGAGAAAAAGCUAGCGAUAAUAAAUCAAAUGUAUUUGAAAGAAUAAAUUUUGAAGGUAUAGUUGGAUUAGCAUUUCCAGAAAUGUUAUCAACUGGUAAGAGUACAUUGUAUGAAAAUUUAAUGUCUUCAUAUAAAUUUGGGCAUAAUGAAUUUUCUAUAUAUAUUGGUAAGGAUAGUAAAUAUUCUGCAUUAAUAUUUGGAGGAGUAGAUAGAAAUUUUUUUGAAGGAGAUAUAUAUAUGUUUCCUGUUGUUAAAGAAUAUUAUUGGGAAAUAUAUUUUGAUGGUCUAUAUAUUGAUCAUCAGAAAUUUUGUUGUGAUAUUAAUUCCAUUGUAUAUGAUUUAAAAAAAAAAGAUCAAGAAAAUAAUAAAUUAUUUUUUAAGAGAAAAUAUUUUAGAAAAAAAAAAUUCAAAACACAUUUAAGAAAAUAUCUUCUUAAAAAAAAAAUAAAACAUCAAAAAAAACAAAAAAAAAAAUUAAAUAAAAACAAAAAUUAUUUAAUUUUUGAUUCUGGAACAUCUUUUAAUAGUGUUCCAAAGGAUGAAAUCGAAUAUUUCUUUCGUGUCGUUCCUCCAAAG